AUGAAGGCUAGUAAUAGAUACAUGCUAUUAGCACAGACUAGCCUAGCCAUGGCGGAAACCACGAUAUAUACCUUUGGAAGCAUAGCGAGCUCUGUAAAUGCCAUCCAACCCCUAGAUAGCUUUAUAAGCUAUUCAAUCGAGUUCUCAUCAUUUCCUGAUUUUGCCGGCAACAAGUCCAACCCCAACGACUUCUCAAAUAACUUACUAGAUAACCUCAGUGCAUUUUCCGGAACGAAACCGUAUAUACGGGUUGGAGGAAACACACAAGAUUUUGCCAUAUAUAACUCCGAGCUAACUAUUGCUCUCAAUGGCACUUAUAACCUUUCGAGGUCUACAGACUACCCGACUACCAUUGAGAUUGGACCAUCGUACUUUGAAUCAUAUAGUACGUGGCCCAACGUCAAAUUUUCACAUGGCUUCAACUUGGGCGGGAACCAUGAUGACAGGCAGUGGGAGACGCUUCUACAGACUGUGCCGCUAGCUUGUAAAGCCUUGGGCAAGGAUAAACUAUACCUGUGGGAGUACGGAAACGAGCCUGAUCUCUUCUCCCCGGCGGUUAGGGCAUCUGAUUAUAACGAGUCGGACUACGUAGCAGAGUGGCUCAAUGGAACAAGAGCUAUUAGGAGUGUGCUAGAAACGAGUUGUCCAGAUCUCCUUGGUAAUGAUAUAUAUGGAUAUUUAGCUCCGUCAUUUGCCGGUACUGCGAACCACCUAAACGCGCCUCGGACAUGGGCCGACGGCAUCGACGCGGACGGUGAUAUCAAACUUUUCUCUUCCCAUAACUACAUAUCCGGCGCCGAGACCCUGGGUGUCACGCUCCAGAACACACUAAUGAACCAUACAAAGACAACCCUCAGCGUCAGCGCCCACACAGCCGAAAACGCAACGAUCAAACCUGGAAUCCCGUAUAUCCUCGGCGAGACCAACUCCCUGUACCACCAAGGACGUCCGGGGCUAUCGAACACAUUCGGCGCUGCACUUUGGGCCGUCGACUUCGCGCUUCACUGCGCCGCGGUGGGAAUAGGUCGUGUGCACUUUCACAUGGGCACUAACUACCGCUACGCUUCCUGGCAACCCACCACCACCAACAAAACCGCCAUCGGCACCAAGCCCCCGUACUACGGCAACAUAGCCGCGGCCGCAUUCCUCGGCACCGCCGGAACCCUCAUCGCCCCAGUCCCCCUAUCAUCCGGCAACACCGACACCGACACCGACACCGACGUCGCGUACGCGGCGUACGAGCCCAGCGGCGCGCUGGCCCGGAUCCUAGUGCUGAACCUGCGCGCGUACAACUACACGCUCAACGGCACCGGGGGCGCGGAACUAAACCCGGCCCCGCGGCCGCUGGGAACAUAUCGGUUUGCGGGCCUGGGGGCGGACGUGGGGGGCGGGGAGGUCGUGGUGAGGCGGUUGCGUGCGAAUGGCAGCGAUGCGGUUACGGGGGUUAGCUGGGAUGGCUGGAGUUAUAAUUACGAGUUGGAUCGCGGGAGGCCGGUUAGGCUGGGGAAUGUGACGGUUGGGGAGAAGAUAGGGAUUGUGGAUGGGGUUGUUGAGGUGCGGGUUGCGGAUUCGGAGGCUGUGGUUUUGGAUUUUGGAGGGGAAGGUUAUUGA